AUGGUCUCUCCGUACAAUCACACUUGUCUCGACAUUACCCGCGAACACGCGCCAGACCCAUGGAUCACUCAAGCCCAUGGCAAAUUCUUCCUCACUUUCACUGGCAACAAUCGCAUACCAAUGUGGGAAGCAAACUCGGUCAUGGAUUUCUAUAACGACUUCGAACGAUGGCCGGUCUGGCAGGUUCCAGAAAGUGGUCCGCAAAGUGAACGUCUCUGGGCACCUGAGCUGCAUGCUCUUCGUGGACGGUGGUAUAUCUACUGCGCAGGGGCCGACAAACUGCUAGGUAACCGUAGCCAUCGGAUGUAUGUGCUCGGCGGACCGCGCGCAGAUCAUGAUCCUCAUCAGGGACCGUGGGAGUUACUGGGACCGAUCGCGGGAAUGGACCAGCGACAAUGGGCGAUCGACGGGACUGUGUUUGAGUUCAAUCAAACCCUGUACUUUGUCUAUUCAGGCUGGCCGAGACGGGAAGAGUAUCCCAAUGGCUGGGAAGACCGCUCCGAACUCAUACAACAAUUAUUCAUCCUACGACUAGAGAAUCCAGUGACCGCAGGCAGCGAACCAGUCAUGAUCAGCCACCCAAGUAACACCUGGGAGCGUCUAGGCACAGCCGGAGCAGCAAUCAACGAAGGUCCGCAAUGGCUCGAGUCGCCAUCCGGCCACUGGCAAGGUCUGGUCUAUUCAUGCUCCGGAAGCUGGACGAAGCACUACAAGAUGGCUACCCUACGUUUCCUAGGCGGCGAUCCGCUGAACCCAGCAAGUUGGCAGAAGUCGAAGACUCCGCUCCUACAGAAUCGCGAAGAUGGAGUAGGUCCGUACGGGCCGGGUCAUGGCUGCUUCUUACAUGCUGGGAACGAGACUGUGGCGUUGUUUCAUGCUACGGAUCGAGAUACGGAUGGGAGUCAAAAUCGGCGUUGUCGGAUGCAGAGGGUGAGGUGGACGGAGGAGGGGCCGGAUAUGGGUGGCUAUGUUGGUGCGCAGGUCAGCAGUGUUGAUCAGUUCCUGGAGCAUGAGCUGCCUGAGCUUGACUCUGCAUCGCAUGGUUCAAGUGCAUUGAAAGCCUUGCUUCAUGGUGUUCAUGUGCCGGAGUCAAUCGAGCAUAGCGAGCUAUGA